UCGUUCAAGAUAAAGCGUUCUAUCUAGUAUUCUACUAGCAAUGAUGCUAGAUAAAAGGGAGGAGAGGAAAUACAGAAGGAAGAGAUAGAGAUACAAAAACUGGAUGAUAAUUCAGUGGGAAUCCGUCCGAUCGGACGGAUUAUCUCUUGAUUUUGUUAAUACUGAGUAUUUCUGCUCGUGUGCGAUCAAAUGUGUAUUCUUGGUGGGUAGAACAUGUAUAUGUAAUGUUGCGAGUGAUACUGUGGGCUUAAUAAAGAAGAUUAUUAUUGUGAGAAAGAGAGAGAGGAAGAGAGAAAGAGACAGAGGAAGAGAGAGAGAGAGAGUAAGGGAGAGAGAGAGAAAGAGAGAGAGAGAGAAAGAGAGAGAGAAUAUAUUCAAGUUACGGGAAGUCAGUUGAUUCUUUGCAAUACCUCCAUUUAUCUUCGGUGUUACAUCAAAGCAUUCUAAUGCAUUAUUAUGAUAAGGCUUGCUAUCAAGCAAAUAGUUUGCUAUCUGCCAAGGUCUAACACGAUUAUAAUAAAAAAUGGAGCAGAGAUCUAUGUCAGAAGUCAUAAAGAAGAUGCAGCCUUUGUUGAGGAAGUUUGAAGGUGAUGAAGAACUCGUUAUUCAUGAAGCCAAAGAUGAGGCGGGUUCCAAUAUGGGAGACAACUAUACCUCAGUUAUGAUCAGAACAGUAGUCAUCGGAAAAUAUGGAAACGGAACUCCUUAUAAAAAAAGUUUUAUGACGAAGAUACUUCCCCAUUUCCGUCCUAUUGCCCAAUUAAUCAAUACCGAGGCUUUAUACAUUACCGAAGGAUACAUGUACGAAAAGAUCCUUCCUAUUGUCGGUGAUUAUGGUCCACGUUGUAUUUACGUCGACAAAGACGAAAUUAUUAUGCAAGACUUGCGCGAAGAAGGGUACAUUAAUUGCAAAAGACAAGAUUAUCUUGAUUUGGAACAUACUUUGUUCACCAUUCAGACUUUGGCGAAGUGGCACGCGAAUUCUUUAUCGAUAAAAUUGAAGGAUCCCGAAAAUUUUGAAAAAUUGGCAAGUCCAUUGAAGGAAACCAUUUUCUCGGUAGAUGAUAAUUUCUUUGUUGACAGGAAUGUUGAAGAGAGUCUGCUUAGUACGAUCAAUCAUUUGGAGUCAAUAAAGUUUCAGACGGCAGAGUUGAAAAAGGCGAUAGAGUAUGUGAAAUCUCUCAGAAAUAAAUGCUACGACAUGAUGGUAAAAUUGUUUUCCUUACCGAAAGAUAGGUAUUUUACUAUAUGUCAUGGGGAUACUUGGAUGAACAAUAUUCUUUACAAACACGAUAAGGACGGUCAAGUGUACGAUUUGAAAUUAGUUGAUUAUCAAAUAUCUCGGUAUUUAUCCGUUGCCAUUGAUUUCCAUUAUUUCAUUUACUCGAGCGUAAGAUCUUGCAUUAUUGAAGAUAGUUAUGAUAAUUUGAUAAAACUUUAUCACCGUACAUUUGUGGAAAAGCUGAGAGAGUCCGGCGUUUCCGAAGAAGAUCUUAAGAAUUUGACCAUGGAAUGGUUUAAGUCGGAAUUAAAAAAAUUCAGUUUGUUUGGAUUGCUCAGUGGAUUCUUUUUUGUUCACAUAGUACUCGCUGACGAGAAUAGCGUUAUAGAUAUGGAUAAAAUAACCGUCAACGAUAUAGAAAACAUGCAAUUUUUUAAUGCGGAAAUAAGUCCAAUCAAAGCCGAGAGAUUAAAAUUUAUAACUUUGCAUUAUCUUCGAAUGUAUAAGCAGUAGAUGGAAUUUUUAUGAAAUAGACAAAUGAAACAGCGUAUUGCGUAUCGCAGAAAUAGACCAUGCGUGACUAAGUUUUAUAUUUUUUAAUCUUGUCAAUUAAAUUUUAUUUGAAAAGAA